GUAUUGAUUCUGGAAGACUGGAACGGUGCCUGAGUAUCGGUGGUGAUAGUAAAUGGCCAAAACCCGAGAUCGGCGACUAGGGCCGAGCACUAGCCGGCGGAAUGAUCGACCCGGCUCUUCGGCAAACCAGAACAACGAGCCAGUAAAGUCUCGCACGAAGCCUCGAGAUCGCAAGCUCAUAUCUUUCUACAUUCUUUUCUUCAUCAUAUUUCCGGCAAUAUCUGUUUUCGUAUACAGGAAAAUAUACUCUCCAGCUACUGUGUCUGUGGUCGAUUCUCGUAAGCCAUACCUUUACCAACACGAGUUGGUCAAGCCCGACUUGAAUUAUCACGAAGUUCUCACUGAGAAUUCAAAGGUGUCUGAAGAUUCAACCGAAACUCGUCGGCAUUUUCAGAAUCCUGUACUAGCCUACAUUACGCCCUGGAAUUCAAAAGGUUAUAACCUGGCCAAGAAGUUUUGCAACAAGUUUACACAUUUGUCACCUGUUUGGUAUGAACUAAAGAGUAAAGGUACCGACUUAGUUCUGGAUGGAAGGCAUAAUGCUGAUAAAGGAUGGAUUUCAGAAAUUCGAAUGAAAGGAGAUGCUCUGAUUUUACCCAGAGUUGUUCUGGAAGCUAUCCCUAUGGAUCUUCUUAAAAGGAAGGGACAGAGGGAGAAAGCAAUAAGAAUUAUUAUAGCAGAGUGCAAGGAAAUGGAGUAUGAUGGCAUUGUUCUUGAGUCCUGGUCAAGGUGGGCAGCUUAUGGUAUCUUGCAUGAUCCUGAUACUCGAAAUAAGGCCGUGCAGUUCAUAAGGCAACUUGGAGAAGCCAUGCAUUCUGUAAACUUAGAAAGGAAUAUGAAGAAAUCUCUGGAGUUAGUUUAUGUCAUAGGCCCACCGCAUUCUGAUAAGCUGCAGGAGCAUGACUUUGGGCCCGAAGAUUUAAGAAGUUUGGGUGACACUGUGGAUGGUUUCUCUCUUAUGACUUAUGACUUCUCAGGGCCGCAGAGUCCAGGGCCAAAUGCACCUCUGAAUUGGAUACACUCUAUAUUGCAGCUUCUUCUUGGUGCUCGAGGAGUUGAUCAGAGAUUGGCUAGAAAGAUAUUCCUUGGCAUCAAUUUCUAUGGAAAUGAUUUUGUCAUUUCAGGAGGUUUAGGUGGUGGACCUAUUAUAGCACACGAGUAUAUAUCGUUACUGGAGAAGCACAAGCCUGCAUUGCAGUGGGAGGGGAAAAGUGGUGAGCAUUUCUUCUUGUACGCUGACGAUCAACAUGCCAGGCAUGUAGUAUUUUACCCGACGCUCAUGUCACUUGCAAAGCGGCUUGAGGUAGCUGCUUCCUGGGGUGCUGGCAUCUCAAUCUGGGAAAUCGGGCAAGGAUUGGAUUCUUUUCUUGAUAUUUUGUAUGAAGUUAGAACUCUAGUUCAUAAGGGGAUCAAGAUUUAUGCUAUGGAGGCUGUCAAUGCACUGAGAUUGACUCCACUUUCUGUUCUUUCUGAGAGAAGAAAUGAACCCAGAAAAAUCCCAUUGCUACCUUCUUCUUUACCAUUCAAGAGCCUCUCUUCUUCAAACUCCAUGGAGGCUAUAUCAAGAAAUGUUAAAGGGGGGCUAGUGCUUCUAUCUUCUGUUAUGAGCUCGGGCUUAGCUAAAGCGCUAACAUAUGAGGAAGCCCUCCAGCAGACCAGUGUCAGCACUGACUUCGAUCCAAGCGGGGUUAUGGAAACUGUGACCACUUUUGCUGGUGACAACCCUGUAAUUGUAGCUGGCGGUGUGGCAAUUUUGGCAGUGCCCCUUCUUGUGUCUCAGUUGUUGAGCAAGCCUAAGCCAUGGGGUGUUGAGUCUGCAAAGACUGCUUAUGCCAAACUGGCUGAUGAUGCCAAUGCACAGUUGUUGGAUAUAAGGCCGGCUCGCGAGCUGAAGGAGGUGGGGAGCCCGGAUAUCCGGGGCUUGAAGAAGAAGCCAGUUACUGUGAGCUACAAUGGCGAGGACAAGCCCGGGUUCUUGAAGAAGCUGUCUUUGAAGUUCAAGGAGCCAGAGAACACCACAUUAUUCAUUCUAGACAAAUUUGAUGGUAGCUCGGAACUGGUUGCUGAGCUAGUUACAGAAAAUGGCUUUAAAGCUGCUUAUGCAAUUAAAGAUGGAGCAGAAGGAGGCCGAGGAUGGAUGAACAGUAGUCUCCCCUGGGCACUUCCUAAGAAAACAUUAGGUCUUGACCUGAGCAGUCUUACUGAUUCUUUUGGGGAAGGUAUUGAUGCGGUCACAGUAGGCCUUGGAGUUGCAGCAGCAGCUGGAAUAGGAGCAUUGGCGUUUUCAGAGGUAGAAACAAUUCUUCAACUGCUCGGUUCUGCUGCAAUUAUUCAAGUUUUCAGCAAGAAACUGCUGUUUGCAGAGGACAGAAAGAAAACACUUGAACAAGUUGAUGAGUUCUUAAACACCAAGGUUGCUCCUAAGGAGCUUGUAGAUGAGAUUAAGCAAAUAGGGAAGGCACUUCUACCAACUCCAGUAAGUAGCAAGGCUCUACCUGCACCUACAGAGGAAAGCCCUCCUGCAGCAGCUGAAUCAGUUUCAAACGUGAGCAUUGCAACACCAAAAGAAGAAGCAGCGCCUCCAGUGAUCAAUUCAGUUGCUAAAACAGAAGUAGUCCAAGCAGAAGAAGCACCUACUGCAACCCCAACCCCAAGACCGCUUUCUCCAUAUCCAAACUACCCGGAUUUUAAGCCUCCAUCCUCGCCAAUGCCUUCACAGCCAUAGAUUCGAUCGAUCUUCUUGCAGAUUACAGCGUUGAAGUGCGUAUAUUAGUUACACAUGCAGGUACUUAAUUGUUUGUUUGUCCAAGAAUUAUAUAUCAAAGCUAGCUAGCUAGCUACUUGUUCCUUGCAAGAUUUUUGCUGUAAGAUAACUUUCAGCGCAAGAGCUAGAAGCUAGGAAAAUUGAGCUAGAGGGGCCUUGGCUUUAAUUUUCUUCAUGUCAUGUCUGCAUGUUUUACUAUAAUUUGUAUUUUCACUAUAUGUUUGAUGUGAUGUAGAUGUAGUAGCUGAGUGUGAACGUGAUUAUAUCAUAAAAUUACAAAUGGAAAGUGAAUAAAUGCAUGAAUGUAACUAUGAACUACA